ACUCGUCACCUCCUCUCCUCCUCCUUCGGGUUCUUCGUUCUCUCUCUCUUUCUCUUGCCCUUUUUAUCCUCCAUGUUGGACCUUUAAGUUUGUGAUUUGGACUAACAAAGUCUCCUCUCUCUCUCUAACAUCUGUUUCUCUCUCUCUCUCUCUCUCUUUCUCUUUCUUUCUCUCUCUAGGACGAACAAACCCUAGCUUCGUCAAGUCUGGAAAUUCGACGUCGAGAUGGGCUCUGAGGGAUCCAGGGUUGUCGUUCCUAGGAAUUUCCGUCUGCUGGAAGAGCUUGAGAGAGGUGAAAAAGGAAUUGGGGAUGGAACUGUCAGUUAUGGAAUGGAUGAUGCUGAUGAUAUAUACAUGCAGUCAUGGACAGGGACUAUUAUUGGGCCCCCUAAUACUGUGCAUGAAGGACGAAUCUACCAGUUGAAACUGUUCUGUGGAAAAGAUUACCCUGAUAAUCCCCCGAGUGUUAGGUUCCAAACACGGAUAAACAUGACCUGUGUCAAUCAGGAAACUGGGGUGGUUGAACCAAGCCUUUUCCCCAUGCUUUCAAAUUGGCAAAGAGAGCACACAAUGGAAGACAUAUUGACACAAUUGAAGAAAGACAUGAUGUCACCACAAAACCGCAAGCUAGCUCAGCCACCUGAAGGCAAUGAAGAGGGAAGGGUGGAUCAGAAAGGUCUAGUGGUGAAAUGUUGCAUCCUCUAAAGUGAGAGUUGAGACUCGAUCGAUUAUGAUACUGUAUAUAAGUAUAUACAUUGGAGGAACCAGUCCAUGAGAAAAAAAUAUAUGGUGCCAAUGCCUUUAAAAAAAAAAAAAAAUGUAAUUAAGGACAAGUUCCAUUUGAACCUUAAGAUUUUUGAAUUUUGAGAUGUUCUCUCUCCUAUUUCUUUCUGAUCCUGGAAUGUCAAAAUGUAUUUUAUGACUGCUUGUGUCGGGACAACCAUGAUUUGGCACAUUGGGACCUUUUACUAAAUGUUAUUGUUUUGACUUGUUA